GCGAGUGCCAGCAGGCGUUCACCUCCAUCAAAGGGAACUUCUCCAGCCCUCGGUACCCCAACUUCUACCCCAACAACCUCAAGUGCCAGUGGAGCAUCCAGCUGCCCCCAGGCUACCGGGUCAGGAUCUUCUUCUUGGACAUGGACCUGGAGGGCCGGAGCAGCCUGACGGGUGGCUGUGAUUAUGACCGUGUGGCUGCCUUUGAUGGUGGUGCUGAGAACGGGUCCCUGCUGGGGCAGUGGUGCGGGCAGGACAGCCUGGCACCCAUCACCUCCCGCAGCAACCGGGUGCUGCUGGUGCUCCACACGGACCGCAACACGGCCAAGAGGGGCUUCUCCAUCACCUAUGUGGGAGUUGUGCCCAUCAACGUCAGCUGCACCCGGACGGACUUCCACAUCCAGAUCCCCGUGCAGUCCCUGGCCCAGCUGGAGAGGAACAGGAUUUAUUUGGGGACCCCGUCCUGUGCAGCCCAGGUGGUUGGCAGGAGCUUCAAAAUACACACCAGGUUUGAUACCUGCGGCACCGAGUCCCGGAAACGCAACAACACGUCCGUCAUCAUCAGCACCCUCUACAUCGACUUUUCAGCGGGCGACCAGGAGGACAUCCACCAGUACGAGGUGCAGUGUGAGCCCAAGAGGAAGGAAGCCUCGGUCACCCUCAUCGCCGGCCCUGACCCAUCCAGGCUCAGCCAGGCAGAAAACCUGGUGGAUGCCCAGCAGCAGGAGGGGGAAGCGAUGGACACCCGUGAAAUCAAGAGCCAGGACACCAGUGACAUCGUCUUCAUCAGCAUCUGCAUCCUGGCCGGGCUCCUCAUGGUCAUCGCAGUGGUGGGGCUGGUGCUUCUGUAG